UAACCGCGAGCCGAGGGACGGAAAUCCCAUUACCGGGGGCUGCUAACGCAGCCGUCAGCGGGAGAAAGUGAAAUCAGCUCGUCGGGUUUGGUUCGCGUUGGAAGAAGAAAUAAGGGAUUCGCGAGGACUGAGUGGAACUCAGGAGCUACUGAGACUGUUUUCGAGAGGCUUUGAAUAAACCGAAAAGGAGGCAGGAAAAUGGCCUAAUUAGCGAGGAGCGUGACCGACAACCUGGUGCAAAUGUGUUGGUGGUAAUUUCCCAAGUUGGACCUCAAGGCAGACACAUGCAUCAGCGCACACACACAUACAAGAGUUCUCGAGACCUUCCCUUCCUGCCGCCCGCCCCGGUCCUCCAUGGAUUCCUACAGCUUCCACUUUGAGAGAAUGAGCAACGUGGACCUGCACCCUUUGAGCCUGCCCAUCAGCCGGCUCUCCCCAGCCAAGUCCAACAGCAGCAUCGCCGACCAGUUCGCCCACCACCAGCACGGCAAAGGAGACUCUGCCUACAGCUCCUUCUCUGGUGGGUCCACUGCCCCAGACUACCCUUCUCCCUUUCUUACAGAGGACCUGCAUUCCAGCUCCUUCAGCCACUAUGCUGAUCUGAAGUAUGUAAAGUCCAUUUAUCAUCCAUCCCAGGUACUACAGUCUGACUCAAAGACCAUGGACCAGCUCUGUCGCUCUGUAGAAGCGAUCUCGAAGCACUAUAACAACAGCAGCACUAAUCACAUUGGCAAUGACGCCUUCACUAACAACCAAGCAAUCUCUAAACAGGACACGCCGUUUGCUCCUGUCCGUCCUCCCCCAGUCCCAGCCCGCCUGGAUAGUUUCAUAGCCACCAAAAACCUGGAGAACAGCCGGGUGCACCACCACGGUGCCGAGCUUCAGACCCAGCAGCUGCAGCCUCAGCACCAGCCCAGGCCGUACAGUCGACCCCAUCUCCCACCCUACGCUGGAAAUGACUCCAGACCGGAGACCCCUAACCCAGACGCAGGCAACCCGAAGCUCCCCUCUGAGCCAGUGUACUCAGUCUGGCGGGGCCCUCAACAACAGCAGCCACAGGGCCAGCAAGUACCCAGCUACUGCCCCCAUCUCCAGCCCCACGAUCAGACCAGAAUGAACCCAGAAUAUCUCUUCAUCGUGGAUAACAAUGCUGCAUCCGAGCAGAAGUCAACAAACCUCCUAAGCCGCUCACCUCCCAGAGGCGUGAGCCAACCUGAGCACCCUAAACCCAGACAGCCCUCAACCGGCGGUGGAUGUAAUGGGGAUCUCCACCACAAGCCCUCCGGUUCCAGUGGCCAUUUUGAGAGUCGGCGAAAAAGAGCACACUCUGCUCACGAUGCGCUUGGUGAGCCAGUCCGAGCGUCCAGCCCCUGGAAUGCUGGCCCCGCUUUUCUGAACAGCAGCAUACAACAUAAGGGCCAGUUCUACUUUGUCACAGGAGUGUGUAAUCUGUCCGAGUCUGGUAUGAGAACACACUCUGCAUCUCUGAGUGGGUCUGAGGCCGGGAGCGAGAGCUCCACGCUGUUGGAAAAGUACCACCUCAGAGAGAGAGAAAGGAGCCACAGCACUAUGGAUAAUCUGUUUAGACCUCUACAAGACAGUUCCCGCGCGUCCAGUGGUACGAUUUCAGUGGAGAGAGAGUCCUUCACGCCCCUGCCCCAGGACGAGGACCUGGCCUCCAGGAGUCCGGAUCAGGAGAAUCACCGGCCAUCGCCCUUCUCAACAAAGUCCUCUCGAAGCUUUGACGCCUUAGAAGAUGUUGACACGAUUCAUAGUCGAGACAUCGGCCGCCACACCCCCAGCAACCCUAUAUUCUACUGUGGACCUGACAGGAACUGCUCCCCACCUUCAGCUGCACAAACAAAGGAGGUCGCUUCGCUGAUAAGUAAUGACCACGGCAAAGACGAGCAAUUAAAGCGAGGGAAGAGGCAGCCCCUGGGAGACGUGGCCAGUGAGAGGAUAAACAAGGAAACCACCCCGCUCCUGUACCACCUGACAGGAGCCAACAGGGCAGCACUGCAGCCCAAACGGGAGCCGGGCCUGAACAAACCCAGCCACGUGGACGCGGCGCUAAAUGAUAAUGAGAGAGCUCUGCAAGUUGACACCAGCAGAAAUGAUAGAGGUGACGUCAUCCCCAUUGAAUCCAACACUCUGGAUGAUUCAUUCAAAAAGUACUACAAAGAAAAGCUGAAGGACGCCCAGUCCAAAGUCCUGCGGGAGACAUCUUUUAAAAGAAGAGACCUACAACUGUCAUGGCCGCACCGCAUCAGGCCAAAACCCGAGCUGAGGCCCACCGUGAUCCACUCCUUCCACCCGUCACAGGGCUCGGAGACGUCCACGGACACGCUCACUCCCUCUGUGACCUCUGAGGACACAGAGAGGGGGGGAAUAAAGGAGCAGACGGAGGAGAAGCAGGCGAUGGUCGAUAAGGAGACCGAAAAGGAGAACGGGAGGCCGGCAAACGUGGCCCAGCCGCAGGUGGCGCGCAUCGGAGGCAGGCGACGCCUGACCGCGGACCAGAGGAAGAUGUGCUACUCUGAGCCGGAGAAGCUCCACCAGCUCGGCGCCGCCCCCCCCAGCCACUCGGCCUGCCGCUCCAUCGGCAAUGACAGUGAGAACGCGUUCGUGGUUGAAGGCCGAGCAGAGGAGCGUGAGCACGGAGAGCAGGGCCUCGUCGCGGCGCGGAGGAAGAUGUUCGAGUCCAGAGGUCGCGCCCUCUCGGCCUCCAGCGCCCUGAAGACGAACCUGAAGAACCUGCAGCACAAGGCCCUGGUGGAGUACAUGGAGCGGAAGACGGGCCAGAAAGUGGCCGAGCCACAGCAGCCGGCGCCUCAAGAAGCGCCUCCAGCCAGACAGAGGCAUUCUCUGGGAGAGAGACCGUUCGACUGGGGUCCGAGGCCGCUGUCAGGAGGUCCCGAAGCCAAGAACACUAAAAAGAAAAGCCACAGACCCCACUCUGCAGGCCGCAUCCUCGACUCCUCCACCAGCUCCAUCAGGUAUGCGCAGUUCUUCUCAGCCCAGUCCAGUUCAGGCCAGUCGGACCAACCCAGAUGGAGGCAGAGCCAGGGUCCAACCCAGGCCAAGUGUGUGUCAGUGGAGAGUCUCUUGGACCAGCCAGAACCACCCAGCUUCUUCAGGAACAGAUCAACAUCAACGCCACAUGAACUUGAGACAUGCGACCACGAGAAGGAUCCAUCAGCAGUCGAUACUACAGAAACAUGGAGUCCCCAGGAGAACGCCACAGAGAAGCCCCCAGUAAAAGCCGCUGAGCAGCAGCAGGUCCGUGUGGUUGCUCAGAGGGGGAAGUCCAUGGAAGAGCUCGGGGCUACAAAAUUACCCAGAACCUGUGCUCUGAGUAAAAGCUCCGAGCAGCUGGAUCAGCUGUGGAGGCGCUCGGCUGGGCCGGGAGGCCCCAACAGAGAGGUCUCGUUCAUCCACGCCGAGGAGCGGGAGAGCGGGAGGAAGAAGAGCGAGGCAGGAGAAGAGGGUUUCAGGCAGCAAAACACUCAGGGACAGAUGCAGAACCAAACCCAGAAACGGUUCCCUUUAAAACAGAGCUCACAGGAAUCACCGGAGAAGGCGACCAGUAGACCCGCCUCCCCCGUCUCCCCCAUGUCCCCCGUCUCGCCCAUGUCCCCCGUCUCACCAGCCUCCCGCCCGUCUUCCCGGGCCAGGAUUCACUCUGGAUCCCACAGCCCUGUAACAGAUGAGUUCAGGGGCAGCAGGUUUCCCACUGAGUCCGCAUCCAACCCACCUUCCCCCCGGAGUCCAGAGACCAGCGAGAGAGAGAUCGGUUCCACCUCAUCUACCCCCACCCAGACAAAGCCGGCUGGUGAAAACAGGCCCUGCUUCAGAUUCAAGACGUCUCCUUCUAUGGGCGAGUCAGAGAGAGAGCAGUCGGUGGAUGAGCCCAGCGGUGACGCCUCACAACUUGAAGUGUCUCUGACGUCUGGCGUCACCACAGAUCCUUCGCUGUGGUCGGCUCCGCCAGGAGACGAGCUCACGAAGGAUGUCCAGACAUCCCCACUGUCAGACGCUUCUGAGGCCGAGUCCGGCGGCUCAGACACCUCCGUGCCUCCCCACCCCUCCGUCUCUGACGCAGAGAGUCAACAGGCCGGCGGCAACAAGGAGGAGAAUAAUCCAGAAAGUGAAGAUAGGAAGUCUGGAGAAAAUCCAGAGCUGGAGGAGAGACGACCGCCAGAGGGAGAGACGGAGAGCGUGCAGAGGCCGGUGGAGAGACCUCAGUGGGAGGAGCUAGUGGAGGAAGUGGUGAAGGCUGACCAGUCGCUGAGCACGGUGCUCUACCCGCUGACCAAUCGGAAGACGGCGCUGAUGCUCAUGGAGCAGCUGCUCUCGGAGGACACGCUGCUGAUGGAGGAGCACUACAAGAAGAAGCAGGAGCAACGAGGAGCUGCGGGAAGCGCUGGAACAGUGGAAGCUGCCGAAGCGUGUCCUCGUCCCGCUGACCUUGAACCUCAGCGCCCGGAUGAGCAGAGCAAAAAGGACGUGGCUGAGAAGAAGCGUCUGCUGUUGACCUACAUCGAGGAGCGCCUGCGGGCGCUGGAGGAGGCCCGCGCCGGCCUCCAGGCGGAGGUCCAGGACAACGCGGCCCUCGGGGAGGCUCUGGCGGCGCUGGUCCGUGAGCGCUGUGUGCCCGUGGAGCUGGAGCGGUACAACCUGUUCAUCGGAGACCUGGAGCGGGUGCUGAGUCUGCUGCUGUGCCUCUCGGCGCGCCUGGCCCGCGUGCAGAACGCCCUGAGCACCGUGGACCAGCACACGGACGCCGAGGAGAAGCAAUCCCUGGACAGUCGCCAUCGUCUGCUGUGCAAGCAGAGGGAGGACGCCAAAGACCUGAAGGAUAACCUGGACCGGAGGGAGAGCCUGGUCUCCACCUUCCUGUCGCGCCAGCUGUCGGCCGAGCAGCUGCAGGACUACCGGCGCUUCGUCCAGACCAAGGCCUCGCUGCUCAUCCAGCAGAAGGACCUGGAGGAGAAGCAGAAGCUCGGGGAGGAGCAGCUGGAGGCGCUUUCUAACAGCCUGGGUCUGUAAGAAGAAGGUCACGAGAGCUUUCUGUUCAGGAAGACGUUUGGUGGGAUGUGAAAUCGAACUGUCUCCGACCCUGUCGUGACUUUCCUCCAUCCAUAAAAGCAUGUGACCGCCUCCACGCGGGUCCAUCCGUGGACGGACCUGAAGCCGCUUGCCUGUUGCCGUGUCUGAGGGUCCCCGCUCUCCGCCCAGCUCCACUCUGCGUCUGAGGAUGUUGUACGUGUGUGACUCUGAGGACACGACGCGCCCGCUUUUCCGUGUGCCUUUUAAAUUGGUGAUGCUGUGGAAGCCUUUUCAUUAGCGCUGCUGUGUGGAAUCUUUGCACGCAAAUCAGCAGACGUUCUUCACCUGUCGUUAACAGGCUCCAUCCCUGCGUCUGCACCUGAGGAAACCUACUAUAAGCUUUAAGAUUCUGUUGUGAGCAGUGGGAGGCUUCAAAGAGCGUAGCCUGCUAGGGAGCGGUGAACUGUAUCAUGUCUGUAAACUGUACAGUAGAUGUAGCAGAUUUAAGCUUGUUCUCGUUUUUUAAUAUGUUUCAAAUUAAGGCACUAAAAACCAAAAAGGUGAACGAAAAAAGCACUUUGUAAUUACACAUGAAUGCACAUUAUUAUUCACAUCCAAUUCGUUCUCAGAAUGAUUUCAAGUGAAAGCCUUCCUCCAUCCAGUAGAACUGUUCCCGUUUCACUUGUUGUCUUUGGUCGAAAUAGGAAUAUUGAAAUAAUGUUUUCAGCGAAAGGUACAGGAGGAGACUCAUCAGCUCUGUGUACAAAACACGUUUCAUACUUCAAGUCUUGAUGAUUUCACGCUGGAACGAUUCCUCAUGCAGAGGUGUUAAACCUCUUUAAAGAUUAGAAAUAAGCAGCAAUUAUGUCAGAGUAUUUUCUCCCAAUGUUGUCAGAGGUGACAUGUGAUACUUGAAACACGCUUCGAUCUUCACUUCAGGUGUCUGCCUGUUAUCCUCAUCACACUUUCCCACUUAAUAGCUAUUCUCAAUAAAAGUCCAAGAUUUUUUUUUCUUUAAUUAGAGCCUUACAUUCCUCAUUAUUUGUCGUUAGCAUUUGUGGUUAGAUUGAUUGUGUGUUUGUGUGUGCGUGUGUGUUAGAUUUGUCAAACAGAAAGACAGAACUCCUG